AUGUUAACGUUAUUGGAUGAAGAUACCCCGUGGAUCGAUACAGAGGAGGAUAAGUUCCCUGAGGCUUUCCAAGAGAGAAGCAAAUUUUUGUUCAACAAUGAUAUCUUGAGCGAUGUAAAAUUUGUUGUUCGUUCAUCCCAACAUGGCGAAUGCAGUGACCGGAAAAAAAGCAAGAUGGCGAUCCCAGCUCACAAGUUUUUGUUGGCAAUCAGAAGCCCUGUAUUUUUUGCCAUGUUCUGUGGCAAAAUGGCUGAAACCGAAGAAGAAAUCAAUCUGCCUGACUGUGACUAUGACGGUAUGAUUGAAUUGUUGCGAUUCCUGUACACGGAUAAAGUUUGCUUGACCGAAAACAACGUGAUGCAAGUGGCAUAUCUUGCCGCGAAAUACAUGGUUCCCCGUCUGUCCAAAAAAUGUGCAGUCUUUUUAGGGAAUAAUCUGGACUCAUCGAAUGUGCUUGGAGUCUUAAAACACGCUCAGAAAUUUUCAAACAAACAUCUGUUGAAUUUUUGUUGGGACUAUGUUGAGCAACUGACAAUGCGCGUGGUGAAAUCGAAUGAAUUCUUUGGAAUUGAAAAGUCUCUUCUGCAAGAGUUAGUGGAAAGGGACACGUUGAAUAUUAAGGAGGUGGAGUUAUUUCAAGCUGUCGAUGGCUGGGCAGAACAAGAAUGUAAGAGGCUAAAUCUGAAAUCAGAAGGCUCUGUCAAGAGGGAAAUACUUGGGGAAGAGGUAAUAAAAAAAUUGCGUUUUCCACUCAUGGAACAGAGAGAGUUUAUGGAGAUUGUCACAGUCACCAAAAUAUUAACACAGGAUGAAGCAAGCAACGUUGUCGCACAAUUUGACGAUCCUAAUGUGCUGCCUCUGCAUGGAUUUUCAAAAACAGAAAGAGUGGGACCCCCUAUGCGAUGUUGCAGAUAUCAUAAAGGUGUUAACGUUACGAUUUGUUGCAAUAAACCUGCCACAUUUGAACAAAUCACUUUAACUGUAGACAAGAACGUAUUGUUGCAUGGAGUCUCUUUAUUUUUUGAAGAGUGUGAGUGUGACAUGUAUGCUAAAGUAUCAGCCACUGUGAAGGUUUAUGUUGGUGGUGAAAUGAGAGGUGACUCACUGUUUUAUUCCCAAACUGGGACCUACGAGGUGGAUGUUCAAACAAAUAUUGAUCGCAUCUAUCACGGCUUUGAUGUUUUAUUUGAUAAACUCCUGGUCCUGAGGAGAAAUGUUGAGUAUUGUAUUGCUGUUUCACAUGAUAUGCCCUCUAUCUCUUUCUUUUAUGAUUAUGGAGAUUGGAAUGUUGUGGACUGUCAUGGGGUGACAUUCUCCUUUAUGGAUACGGGAACUGUGGUGGCAGAGGUUUUGUUUACAGAAGAUCUAUAGUCUACAAAACAGGGAGAAAAUUGAAUGCAAGUCAGAGCAUAAGGAGGAUACUCCCUCAGCUUAGUAGACAACAAACAGUUUCUCUCUGAUUGAAAAGUAGCAGCGAUGCAAGCCUGCAUUGCAAAUGAGAUUUAGGGCGUGUGUAUAUGAGGUUAGCCAGGCUGGCCCACUUUACUGGGCUGGCUCGGCUAACACCUUGUAUUUUGUUUUCUUUAUAUUAAGAGGCAUGCCGGCCUGCUUGCUGCAUCCCUCAUGAUGAAAAAGUGAUGCUACAGACAUUUUCUUCACCACUUCUGCUACAUUAGCAUAUCUCGGAAAUUCUGGGGAAAGUAAUCCAGGGUCCUUUUGAAUGCAAAUUAAAGUUGUGCGAGUGCAUAUGAAAUAUGAAAACAAUGCCAGUGAAUAAUUAGGAGGCUCACUUGUAAACAACAAAUCUGGGCCGGGAAAAUUUGUGACAUUUGAAGCCCCAUUUAAUUACCUUCCUUGUUUUCAAUGUCCUUGAAACAGAAGAGAUGUAAACUGAUAAUUAAUCUUGGGAUUGUUGAGUUUUUAAAAAAAUUUAUCGAGCGGUUUUUAAAUAACCAUGAAAUUUAUAGGCAUGGACCAAAUUACAUACAAAAAUGGUAAAGCAAGCAGCCGAACCUAGCCUAAUCAAAUUCCUCUUUUUUGCAAUUGGCCAAAGCAUCCCCCUCUUUUUUCGAACAAAGUUUCAGAUGAAAUCAAACCACUAUGAGAUGAAACUGCAUUUACAGACCUCACCGUUUUCUUUAGAUAUGAGCUUAUUAUGUUGAUAGCAUGUUUAUUCACUGUUUUUAUGACCCUUCAAACUUUGUUUCGGAAUAUUUCCAAAACGCUCUCAUAGAAUUUGUUCAAACUUUGCCACAAUCGAGGCAACUAAGGAGGUACAAGCUCCCUAAGCGAUUUCUGAAAAAAAACUCCUAUUACCGAGAAAUACAAAGGCAAGUAAAAAACGUAAUGGCGUCAUUAUGUUGCCAUGGUAACUGUGAUGUCAAUAAAACAUGGAUCAACAAAUUUUCAUCUUUAUACAGUGCAGCUGUGGUAACCUUUUUGCAUUGUAUUUUUUAAUGCCAACAUGGUAAACACACUUAAAGUAGGGAGUUGUAGUCCCUAAAAAAUCCAGUCAAGCCACCCUAAGGAGUCUAAUUGUCUGAUAACCAUUCCACUCUGUUAACCAUGUAUAGUAAAGUUGAGGAAAGUGUGACCCCUACUAGCUCAUCUAAAUGUGACCUGUUACAUGUAGUUCUAAGUCGAUAAAUAGCUAUUGUUGCCUUAACUCGAGACUGGAUCAAUGCCUCAAGUGGUCUCAGUCAUAUACUCUACUACUACAUUUAUUUGGUAAAUCAAUGUGCUUAUAUACAUGAAGCAAUUAUGAACUAUAUGUGAUUAGAUAAGCUAUUACAAGGGCAUAAUGCAUUGCAUAUGUGGUUUACGCAAAUCCUAUGCGGUAAGGUCAGAGAAAUCAGCACAUCCUACAAAACAUCAAGUAUCAGUUAAAGGAAGAAGUUUAUACUUUAAAGGCAUUUCCUUUUAUUUUCAGGUAUGUAGCAUUUUUUUUUUUGGUUCCUAAAAAAAUGGGACCAUUAUUAAUACGUUUCUAGGAAACUGCCCACCCACCCCUCCCCUAAGCCAACAUUUUGCCCUAAGUCUUAGGGGAGGGGGAGGUUCCAAUAUGAUCCACAAAAUGUUUUCAAACACUAUAAUAAAUUUUCUUGCGAUUUGUCAAGAUUCCUGUUGCGCGCCCAACUUUCAAGCUCGAGUGCUCAGACAUUGAAAGUCUGGUUAUAGAAUAAACUACAGGUCAUGUUUAGAUGAACUAGUUUUCACACUUUCCUCAACUUUACUACAUAUGCUUAGAGGUAGAAGAUAUUUUAAUUCACAGAAAACUGAUCAAAGCCAUGUAAUUUAUAAAUUUCUUCCCUGAAAAAAGAAACUUGGCUUCCUUGAGAUAUAUCUAGACUGAUUAUGCUUUGAAAAAUUGCAAUACUCUUACUUGGAUAUUUAUAUUGAACUUGUUUUUAAUAAUUAAGAAGCAAAUUUUUCAGUUGUACCGUAUUUCCUCAAAUGAAUAGCUGGGGACAAUUAUCUCUUUUUUCAUGCUAAAAGGGGCUGGUUAUUCAAGGUAAGGCGAUUAUUCAAGGGAGGCAAUUAUUUUCAGAUAUUGUUCACUGGCAGUUGUGCCCUAAAGUUGUAUUUUCCCAUUAAAUAAAAAAAUAACCACAUCAAAAAAACUGAACAUGGGCUUUUCAGUUGUUCCGAAUUUGGUUCCUUGAUUAAUAUUUUAAUGUCAAUGUCGUCGGCGUCUUCAGUGAUCAGUUUUGCUGGAUCAAAGGGAGGGGUGAUUAUUCCAGGGAGGCCAUUAAUCGAAGGAAGGCUUAUUUGAGGAAAUAUGGUAUUUUAUAUCACAUGGAAGUCUCAGUGAACAGUGUCAUUUGCCAGUAGAAUAAAGUAUACUGCCAGUACUGUGGAACAAAAAGACAGUGGUAGCACUCAAUCAAAUGUGUUUUAGUGUGCCUCAUGUAUUAUUUUAUUCUAAUAAAUUUAACCUAGACCCUGACCCGAAGGGGGUUUCCCCAAAGCGGUUACUUUUACUGCUGUAAUUUAGCCAAGAAAGCCGAAGGCUGCGCCUUUCACUCUUCAAUCUCCUUUUGCGCUAAGCCCGUACAUGUCUUCCCUGUAAACAUGUCAACCCUGUAAACAAGGGUUUUGCCAAUACUAUGAACUAUUUUUGUUGGCAAAACCAAUUUAUAUUAUUUCAGUUUAAAAAAGGGGGUGCCUGUUAAGGUAUGUUAACACGGGGAACGAAAACGUACAACGUGUUUUGCAACAUUGCAGCAGCUGCAAAACGAGUUGAAUAGCGAUGUUGCGCGCUUUACUACCCACGUUCAAACCUGUCUCCCAGCAAAGAAAAAAUUUAUACGGCAAGUUGCGUGAAUACCGACAUCUGAUUGGAUAAAAAUUACGCGGGAGUCACCACAACAGAGUUAGGAUUAAAUUAACUGCAGGAGUUAGUCACUUGCUGCAAAACAAGUUUGCCUUGGGCUGGUAAAACGCGCAACACGCGCGUAAAGAGUAUGUUGCAGAAAGUAGAUACAACAACUUUUCGCAACCUGCAGCAACCUGAUUUGUUGCAAGACAGAAUUGAAAGUGGGUGGAAAAACGAGCUAUAUCGCUUUUUAACUCGUUUUGCAGUAUUGUUGCAAAAGAAGUUGAACGUUUUUGUUGUCCGUUUUAUCGUACCUUUAAGGAUCUGAGCCUGCCUGGGACGAAUAACAACGGUUCCCACGAGAAGGGAGGGAGGCACCUGAAAAAGCGCCAAUUUUUUCGCACGUUUUUGUUCUCUUGCGCCUUGUAUGUCUCGUCACGCAAAGCAGGAGCGUUGCGUGAUGAGACAAGCUGCGCGUGAACGAGGCAACCGAAAUCCCUUUCUCGUCCCCAGAGCCCAUCGUUUCUUGGUCACGUGGUUGGUUACAAAAAUGCCGAGUGGCUGAGGGACGAGAAUGCGAAAAUCCCGGAUCAACUUUCCCGCGCUUUGCUCGCCUCACAAUUGGUGUUAGCGCCCUUUAACUUUAAUCGUGGAUUAACAUUCGAGCAAACAUCAUGUUCCGCACAGUAUUGAAGUUGGAUUUCUAUGACGAUAACCCAUGGAUGGAUAUGGAUACAGAGAAAGACAAGUUCCCAAAGGCUUUCCAACAGAGAGGCAAAUUUUUGUUCAACAAUGAUAUUUUGAGUGAUGUAAAAUUUGUUGUUCGUUCGUCCCAAUAUGGCGAAUGCAGUGACCGGAAAAAAAGGAGGAUAGCGAUCCCAGCUCACAAGUUUUUGUUGGCAAUCAGAAGCCCUGUAUUUUUCGCCAUGUUCUGUGGCAAAAUGGCAGACUUCAAAGAAGAAAUCAAUAUGCCUGAUUGUGACUAUGACGGUAUGUUUGAAUUGUUGCGAUUCCUGUACACCGAUAAAGUUUCCUUAACCGAAAAUAACGUGAUGCAAGUGGCAUAUCUUGCGGCAAAAUACAUGAUUCCUCGACUUUCCAAAAAAUGUGCAGUCUUUUUAGGGAAUAAUCUGGACUCGUCGAAUGUGCUUGGAGUCUUGGAACACGCUAAGAAAUUUUCAAAUGAUCACCUGUUGAAUUUCUGUUGGGACUAUGUUGACAAACUGACAAUGCGCGUUGUGAAAUCAAAUGAAUUCUUUGGAAUUGAGAAGUCCCUUCUGCAAGAGUUAGUGGAAAGGGACACAUUAAAUAUUAAGGAGAUCGAGUUAUUUCAGGCUGUCGAUGGCUGGGCAGAACAUCAAUGCAAUAGGCUAAAUCUGAAACCAGAAGGCUCUGUCAAAAGGGAAAUACUUGGGGAAGAGGUAAUGAAAAACCUGCGUUUUCCACUCAUGGAACAGAGAGAGUUUAUGGAGAUUGUUCCAGUCACCAAAAUUUUAACGCAGGAAGAAGCCAGCAAUGUUGUCGCACAAUUUGACGAUCCUACUCUUCCGCUUCUGCAUGGAUUUUCAGAAAAACAAAGAAAGGGACCCCCUUUACGAUGUUGCAGAUACCAUAAGUAUGUUGAUAUUUUUAGUUCUUCUAAUGUUCCUGCUACAUUUGAACCAAUCAAUUUAACUGUAGACAAGAACAUAGUGUUGCAUGGAGUCUCUCUAUUUUUUGAAGAGCGUGACAGAUAUGCUAGAGUAUCAGCGACUGUAAAGGUUUUUGUUGGUGAUGAAAUCACUACUGGUUCGCUAAUUUUUUCCCAAACUGGGUCCUAUAAGGUGGAUGUGCAAAGAAAUAUUGGCCACAUCUAUCAUGGCUUUGAUGUUUUAUUUGAUGAGCUCCUAGUCCUGAGGAGAAAUGUUCAGUAUUGUAUUGCUGUUGCACAUAAUAUGCCGGAUCUCUCUGCCUUUUCUGGGUUCGAAGGAGACGAAGUUGUGGACUGUCAUGGGGUGACAUUCACCUUUGAGGAAAUACGUAUAGGGAAUGUGUUUGCAGAGUUUUUGUUCAAAGAGGAUCUGUAG